ACAAGUCACGAAGUGUGUCAAGGUGAAUUGUCAAGUAAAAAUAAUAAUUGUAAAAUACCCAUUAAUAUUUCCAUUAAUCCAAUUCCUCGAUAAAUGUUUUAGACUGUGCGGUUGUAGAAAGUCAUGCAAGUGUGUCAAUAUUAUUCGUGUAGAAUUUGAGUGUUCCUGAAUGAAUCCAAACAAUGCUAAUUCGGACGCUCCCAACGGACACUAUUUUCCUCAAUAACUAAAAGAAUAUUAGAUAAGUAGCUCAUAAGUAUAAUGAAAUGUAUUUUUACGGUUGUGUUUUAUUAUAAGAUAGUGUCAAUAUAGUGUUUACUCUUAUUAAAAAAUGGGGGACAAGAUAAAUGAAGAGUACUUUGCACCUGGAAAUGCAUCCUUCAACUAUAACAAUGUGACGGGCGGUGCAGACAGCGCCAGCGGAGGCUCGGGCGGGUCGGGCAUGGAGUGCCUCCAGCUGCGCUCGCCCCCCGGACCCUUCCACUACCUCAUCUCGGAGCAGGCUAAGUCCUUCGUUGCUCUACAGGAACUCCAGAAUGAGGUCGGCGCCCUACUCGAGUUUCGCGAUCUCGUCAUCGAGACCUUCCCGAACCUGCGCUCUAAGAUGCCGCCGUCGACGCCGGCCAGCGGCACGCGGCGCGACUGGGAGCCCGGCGUGCGCGUGCGCCGCAAGCUGGCCGGCGGCGGCGGGGACGCCACGCGCGCCAAGCCGCAGCCCUCUGUCCAGGACUCCGGCUUCAGCACGGAGACGUCCUGCGGGAAAGACGCGCACUCCUCGUCAGCAUCAGCGUCAGCCUCGGCCACGCGCUCGCGGCCGCUGGAAGACGAGCUGUGGGCGCUGCUCGACGUCAUCCAGCGCAAAGGCGUCCGUCUGCGAGACGAGGCCGAGCUCCUCCGAGGCGAGCUCGACGAGCGGCAUUCCGCAGACACCGCGGAGGAAUCCUUCGCAAGAGCCCUGUCAGCCGCCGGCGGUUGCAGCGAGUGCGGCGAUUUCCAACGUUUGCGCUGCGAGCGUGACGCGCUACUCGCGCGAGCGGCCCAGCUCGAGGCCGAAGCGGCCCGAAGCCCCGCGUCGGCCCCGCGGACUCCCCUCGGCCGCCUGGACUCGGCGCUGGACACGCCCGCGCCGCCGCCACUCGUAGCUACGCCCGACUCCAAGAAGUUCGCGGCGAUUCUCCUCGAGAGCAAUCCCGUCGAACUGCAACGCCAGUUGCUGACGUCCACCGUUCAGAAUCAGGUGUUAGUUGACCGAUUGAAACGAGCGGCUGCGCAUCGGACGGUACUGCUAGAGAGGCUUGAGCGCGCGCGGGAUCUCAACGAAGACCUUAAAUUUAGGCUAGAGGAAAAGAGCAUAGAGCUGGAAGGCGCGCGCGCGCUCGUCCGCAAACUGGAGCGCGGACGUCGCAGUCCGAGUCCGCGCCACAGCAGCAUGCGAGACAUGGAGCCGCUGCCGCUACCGCGCGCCGCGUCCGCCGAACGCCUGUGCGAUACACCGCGCCGACGUCCUUCGCGAAUCCCACUCCACACGGCACACAAAGGCGCAGCCCCCAGACCACCCCGUCCUGCCUCCCAGGGCUCCGUGCGAUCCGCCUCCUCCGCCCGCGGACGAAAGGAACCCAAAUCCGGAGUCCCCGUCCGCAGAUCACCGCCCGACAACAAGAGCGGGCCGGAGCCGGAGCGGGCGUGGGCCGACGACCUCCGCGAGUCACUCAAGGAGACUCGCGGGGAAGCCGCGUGGCACGCGCGGGCCGCGCUGCUGGCCGAAUACGUUGCGCGCACGCAGCGUUUGACGCGCAUGCGGCCGCUGCCUGCGCCGGAUCGUCUGACCUACGCGCCAGAUCUCGCGUUGGAGCUCACGAGAUCCAUCCUCGACGACGAGGCGCUGUGGGACAACCGCCCGCAACAGUACUUCGAGAGCAUGAGCCGGGAGCCCGACGCGGACACGCCGGCGGACUACACCAGCGACUCGCUGGACCCGUACUGAGUGAGUUGCGAACUGUCCUAAGGUUUUGUCACUUUGCUCUCCGUUUCACUCGGUGUCCAAAUGGCAAUGCCAGAUUUUGUAUGGAAGGUGGCGUGUUUUUUUUUCGCACGGCCAUCGACCAAACUUUGUUUUUUA